GGGGAACCUUUCCUCCGCCCUGCGGAACCUUUGCGGCGGAGGCGCCUGUUGCUGCCCGGGGGAUCCUGCGGCUGCUCCGGCGGGGGGUGGGGGGACCGGACGCUGGGUGAUGCGGCCCCCGAGCGGCGGCUGAGCGCCGAGGCGAGCAGGGAGGCGGCGGGCCGGCGGCCGCAAGCUCCGGGGCCCGCCACCGCGCCGGGGCGCCGCCGCGGCCCGCAGCCCCCCACCCCGCCCCACCGCCGGCCGAGGGCUGCCUCACGGUAGAACAUGAGCAGGUAAUGCACAAGGAGCACCACUGGGAAUCAUGUCAGACGAGUCAAUCUCAGGGAGUGAUCCGGACCUGGACCCGGACUUGGAGCAGGAGGAUAUGGAAGAGGAGGAGGAGGAAGAUGAGGAGGAAGCGAUGGAGGAGGACAAUGAUGGGGAUGAUGAGGAAGACUUACUUGAUGAGAAUGACCAACCCCAGGAAGCUGUGUUCAGCAGUGACCAUGUUGAACACGCAGAGGAUGGAGAAUGGCAGCGCUCUACUUCAACUACCUCAUCUCAGAGUGAGCGGGCAGAGCGACUCUUGCAGAACCAGCACAAGAGCCUGGCCUCUGAGGACACCAAAAAGAAGAGGGCUCAGAAACCUUCUCACAUGCGGAGGAACAUAAGAAAGCUGUUGCGUGAGGACCAGCUGGAAGCCGUGACAAAAGCAGCCCAGCAGGAAGAGUUGGAGAGAAGGAAACGGCUAGAGCAGCAGCGGAAAGAUUAUCCAGCCACUAUUCCUACUGUACCCAUAGAGUUUCUUCCUGAGGACAUCGUUUUCCGAACAGCAGAGGCUACCCAGCUCCCCCCUCAGGUCUUGGCUGAGGAAGUGAUCUGCCUCGACAGUACCAGCAGUGGCAGUGAAGAUGAUGCUAAAGGGAAAAAUAGCAUUAAAGAUGAGGUGAUCGAGUUGAGUUCAGGAGAGGACGAUGCCCUACAGAUUGUAGACAGCAGCGAUUCUGGCAAUGAAGGGGAGGAGGAUGGCAGUGAAGAGAGCAGUGGCUCUCAUGUGAAUGAUGCCUUAAAUCAGUCAGAUGCUCUGGGGCAAGUCAUUGUCAACAUCAACCAUCCACCAAAUGAGGAGGACAUUUUCCUGGCUCCCCAGCUUGCCCAUGCAGUAAAACCUCAUCAGAUUGGUGGAAUCAGAUUCCUGUAUGACAACUUGGUGGAGUCCUUGGAGAGAUUUAAAACCAGCAGUGGGUUUGGGUGUAUUUUAGCACAUAGCAUGGGCCUGGGCAAGACCAUACAGGUCAUCUCUUUCUUGGAUGUCCUUUUUCGGCACACAGAGGCAAAGACUGUUCUUGCCAUCGUACCUGUGAAUACUCUCCAAAACUGGUUAGCAGAAUUCAACAUGUGGCUCCCAGCACCUGAAAACCUUCCUGCUGAUUAUAACUCCAAAGAGGUCCAGCCCCGCACCUUCAAAGUCCACAUCCUGAAUGAUGAACACAAGACAACGGCCGCACGUGCAAAGGUGGUGAAUGACUGGGUGAUAGAGGGUGGUGUGCUGCUGAUGGGAUAUGAGAUGUACCGUCUCCUCUCACUGAAGAAGUCCUUUGCCACUGGCAGGAAGAAGAAAACAAAGAAACAAGCUGGCCCUGUCAUUAUUGACUUGGAUGAGGAAGACCGGCAGCAGGAGCUUCUGAAAGGGAUUGAAAAAGCUUUGUCUCGCCCUGGCCCAGAUGUGGUUAUUUGUGAUGAGGGGCACCGGAUAAAGAACUGCCAUGCCAGCACUUCGCAGGCCCUGAAGAACAUCCGCUCCCGCCGCCGAGUGGUGCUGACUGGCUAUCCGCUCCAGAACAACCUUAUUGAGUAUUGGUGCAUGGUAGACUUUGUCCGACCCGACUUUCUAGGCUCACGGCAGGAAUUCAGCAACAUGUUCGAGCGCCCCAUCCUGAACGGGCAGUGUAUUGACAGCACCCCUCAAGAUGUCCGUCUCAUGAGGUAUCGCAGUCAUGUCCUGCAUAGCCUGCUGGAGGGCUUUGUGCAACGGCGAGGCCACAACGUGUUAAAAGUUCAGCUCCCCUCUAAGGAAGAACAUGUCAUUUUGGUACGUUUAUCAAAGAUCCAGCGGGCCCUUUAUACGGAGUUCAUGAACCGGUUCCGAGAUGCAGGCAACAGUGGCUGGCUGGGAUUGAACCCACUCAAAGCUUUCUGCGUCUGUUGUAAGAUCUGGAACCACCCAGAUGUGUUGUAUGAAGCUCUUCAAAAGGAGAAUCUGGCAAAUGAGCAGGAUUUGGAUGUGGAUGACCUUGGCACAGCAAGUACUAAUUCCCGCUGCCAGCCUCAGGGAAUUAAAGUCAAAACAGAAAGUAAUGCUUUGGCAUCACCAGUUGGAGAAGCUACCAAUAGCAAGUUCCUCCAGAGUGUUGGCUUCAACCCUUUCCAGGAGAGAGCGAAUCAGGUUGUUACUUAUGAGUGGGCCAAAGACAUCUUGUGUGAUUACCAGACAGGAGUCUUGGAGAACUCGCCCAAGAUGGUGUUACUGUUCCACUUAGUGGAGGAGAGCGUGAAGCUUGGAGACAAGAUCUUGGUCUUCAGCCAGAGCUUGUCCACAUUAUCUGUCAUUGAAGAGUUUUUGGCAAAGAGACCAAUGCCGAGUCCUCCAGGCUCAGAUGGUGGGGUUCACAACUGGGUCAGAAACAUCAACUAUUACAGACUGGAUGGCAGCACCUCUGCCUCGGAAAGGGAACGCCUGAUUAACCAGUUCAAUGACCCCAGCAACACGUCUGUCUGGCUCUUCUUGCUGUCCACACGUGCUGGGUGUUUGGGUGUCAACCUCAUUGGAGCAAACAGAGUGGUGGUGUUUGACGCUUCUUGGAACCCGUGCCAUGAUGCCCAAGCCGUGUGCCGAGUGUACCGCUACGGGCAGAAGAAGCCAUGCCACAUUUACAGACUGGUUUCUGAUUACACCCUUGAGAAGAAGAUCUAUGACCGUCAGAUCUCCAAGCAAGGCAUGUCAGAUCGGGUGGUGGAUGAUCUGAACCCAGUGCUGAACUUUACCCGACGGGAGGUGGAGAACCUGCUGCAUUUUGUAGAAGAGGAAUCUGACCCUGCUCAGCUCUCCCUCAAUCCAAGCAAGAUGAAGGAGUCUGUUCUACAAUUAGCCUGUCUCAAGUAUCCUCACCUCAUCACCAAGGAGCCUUUUCAGCAUGAGUCACUGCUGAUUGACCGGAAGGAGCACAAACUGACCAAGGCAGAGAAGAAAGCAGCCAAGAAGAGCUACGAGGAGGAGAAGCGAGCAUCCGUCCCCUACACCCGGCCGUCCUACGCACAGUAUUACCCAGCCAGUGACCAGAGUCUGACAAGUAUCCCUGCCUUUAGCCAGAGGAACUGGCGACCAGCCCUCAAGGGUGAGGACAAGCCGGUGGCAAGUGUCCGCCCAGUUCAAUCCACCCCCAUUCCUAUGAUGCCCCGGCAUGUCCCCAUGGGCGGUGCAGGAUCAGCCUCGAGUUCCAACCCUGCUGUCAACUUCCCCAUCAACUAUCUCCAGCGAGCUGGCGUCCUCGUGCAGAAGAUUGUCACCACCACAGAUAUUGUGAUUCCGGGUACAAACACGUCCACUGAUGUACAGGCAAGAAUCAGUGCUGGCGAGAGCAUCCACAUCAUUCGAGGGACUAAAGGGACAUACAUCCGGACCAGCGACGGGCGGAUUUUUGCUAUCCGGACCACUGGGAAGCCAAAGGGCAAUGAAGACCGUCGGACGGCUGCCUCAGGCUCCCAGAGCUCUUUGCUGGAGUCCACGAGCAACGGCAGACACAGUGCCUCAUCACCGCAGCUCCCCAGCGCGGAGGAGCUCACUCGGCCCAUAUCCCCCGACAGCCCCGAGAUCAUCAGCGAGCUGCAGCAGUACGCAGAGGCGGCCGCUGCCCGCGAGUCCCGGCACAGCUCUCCCAGUGCCAACGCAGCACAAGGCCACCCUGCCCGCACGGACAACGCGACCGGCUUAGCAGCCCGAGGAGCUGAGCAGCGCGCGGGGAUUCACUGCAUGGCUCCCUCUGUGUCUUCAGCCCUGCCAGCCACCAGCCAGCACGUCGAUGCCCACUCAGUGUUGGACUUACGGGGCAACAAGCGCAAGUCGACCUCGCCGUCGGCUCCGGAGGAACAAGCCCGCAGGCAGCAGAAAAAGCGCCAGUUGCCAUCGUCCGUGCAGCCGUACGAACACGGGUACCCCGUCUCUGGUGGGUUCGCCAUGCCUCCUGUCUCUUUAAACCACAACCUAACCCAUCCAUUUGCCUCCCAGCCAGGAAACUCCUUAUACAUGGGCACUGGCUCCUCUUACUACCAGCUGCCCAAUUUACUCCCAGACCCUCAUCUGGUGUUCCCUGUGACUACUGACCCUCUGCUGACAGCCAGCACCGCCAGCUCUUCUGCUGCUACCUCAGCCUCCGCCAGCGUCCCCUCAUUCAUGCUAAACCCUUCUCUGACGGGGGUGCUGCCCAAUUACUCGCUUCCCUUCACGCAGUCACUCCUGCCCGAGCCCAGGAUGUUUGCUCCUUUCCCAGCCCCCGUCUUGCCUAGCAGCCUUCCCAGGAGCAUGGCAUCUGCCUACCCUGGCUACAUGUCCCCUCACUCGGGCUACCCGGCCGGGGGCCUCCUUCGCUCCCAGGUGCCUCAGUUUGAACCCCAGGAGGUUCCGGAGGUGGGAUGCAGCUCCAAUGACGAGGACAAAGACGACGAUGUUAUAGAGAUCACAGGGAAAUAACGGGCCCAGCUCCUGCUCAGUCUCAGCUCAGCCAGGAGGCAAAAGUUGCAGGACCUUUUUGGGAGUCAGGAUUUCCCCUCUGGGCCUUGGCAUCGGGUGGAGAAGGAUGUGAAGGGGGUGGUGUGGGGUUUGUUUUGUUUUUUUUGUUUCGUUUUGUUGUUUUUUAGCUGUCAAGGAUCUGAACUGUAUUGGGCGCUGGGAGACUGGGGGGGAUAGAGUGGACCUGUGAGGAGGGCCGGGGGAGCAAGAGCCGGGGGAGGGAGGGCAACAGCAAUGCAAGCCGUAGGAGCGCCUCCCCCCCACGCUCUGUCUGUCCGUCUGUCUCUGUUCUCUGUCUUGUCUGGAAGGGGGAGGCUUGGCGUUGCGAGUCAGGCCUGGAGGCACAGGCUUGACCGCUGGCGGGGCCGGGCUCCCUCUCACGUGAACUGCCUUAUCUGUGAACUCGUCCCGCUCCAGGAGGCGCGGGCCGGCGGGGGGGAGCCCCGCAGAGGGGGGGAGGAAGCGUUUUUACUGGGGAGGGAGUGGGGGGGGGGCUUCUACAUUAUGUGUGUUUUGGGGGUGGGGUGGGGUUGAUGUUAGAGGGAAAAAAAACCCCACAAACAGUUUGUCAUCCUCCUCAAAUUGCAGUGAAGCUGGGCUGAGGGCUCCAGCCAGGCCCUGCUGCGGCGGGGAGGGCAGGGCAGGGCAGGGCAGGGCAGGGCGGCCGCAGGGCGCUCCCGGGGCCCUCCCGGAGGAGUCCCGUCCCAGGUAGGUUGAUCCUGUGGUUUCCACGUCGGCGGAGCAAGGCGCGCGGGGGCUGUUGCAGGGGAAUCCUGGUGACUUCCCCAGCUCUCUGCGAAGGGCACGUCUCGCCCUGCCAUGGCCCCACAGCCCGGGGGGUAGUUGGGCUCGCUGCUGCUUAACAGUCCCAGGCAGUGGAGAAGGUUGGAAAGGGAACAGUUGUGGACCCAGUGCCCGUUGCUGUUGACUCUGUGAUCGGAGCGACUUCCCCCGCACAGAAUCUCUACAUUAAUUUAUUUCAUGAAGGCAUAAUAUUUAUUGUUUGGGGGACUCUUUCUUUCUAUUUUUUAAAUUAAUUUCCAUGUUAAAAAAAAAUAAAAUGCUGGCCUCCAUCAUGCAGUGGUUGCUUGUCGGGUUGUCUGUGUGGGGAGAAGAAGCCGUUAGACCAAAGCCUAGUCUAGAAGCAGGCCCAGCUGCGGAGGUUCCCCCCAGCUGACUCGCGGUGUGUUUGCUGGAUGUGCCCCGCCAGGGAUCGUGCCAGAGCAGAGGAGCUGCUCCCCGUGUCUUGGAGCAGCUGGAGGGAGGCUGGAGUCCUCUUGUCGUGUUGGGGCAGGUGGAGGAGCACCUGCGAAAGCUUCCCGUGCUCCUCCCCGGUGAGGACGGGGCCUCGAGGUGUGACGAGCCGGGGAGGCCAAGCUCCUGCCGGGGAGCACCUUUCCCCACCCAGGGAGCGUCGCUGGCUCUAGCGCUCCUCCACCGGCGUACGCAUGUGCAGGGACUGGCCCGAGAACUGGAAGUGAAUAAAUUGGCUGCUCGUCCCAGCAUCAGGGCUCCAGUGUCUCUCUGGGAAGGGAGAGGCGUCGUGGUGUGAGUUACGCACUCGCAGCUGGGCUCUGCAUGUGUGUGUGUGUGUGUGUGUGUGUGUGCACGUGUACGCACAUGUAUGUGUGUGUGUUAGGGAUGGAGGCUAGAAACCGGGGAACCUCCGUGUCACAUCUGGUGUCAGCAGGCAGAUGUGCUCAGCUGUGUGGGAUGUCCCUGGAGCAUGGCCAGGCUCCUGGAGCAGCGGUAGCUUGUAAAGCAGCUUCCCGGGCUGUGGAAGCCGCAGUCGUUGGUGCUUGCUGGGACCAACUAGGUUUAGGAAGAGAGGACGGGAUGUCCUGACAUCCUGCAUCGAGGGGGCUCUGGACGAUGGGGACCUUCCUUCUUGAGAGAGAGAAAGAGAGCAAGAGGUGUGUGUGCGCACAUGAUACAAAACCAAUAAAAAUGUUAUGGGGCUUUCCUAGUGUCUUUCUCUGUUUAAUGGACAUUGUCUGUCAAACAUAACCACACCAUUCAUAGAAGCCUUAGAUCAACAGUUUAGCUAUGCAAAUUAUUUUAAUUAUUUUUUUUAAAGAAAACAAACAUUAAAAUAGUGCUUUCUUCUUUAACAUAUCCUAGGAGUUGAAAACCGAGGGGUUCUGAGCAAACUGCUGGACAACUUGUCUUUGGAUGCACCAUGGAAAUAAAAAUCAAACCCCCCCACAAAAGUAACAAAGCAAAUUAACUGAUGGUGUUCAUGCAAGUUUCUCCAAAGACUUGACAGUGCUGCGUCUGUGAGUCAUGCCCUCCUGUGCUCUGUGUGUCCACCUCGUGCACGAUCCUGUGCCACUGAUUGUAUUGCAAGCUUGCCCAGAUGUCUGUUGCAUCCCUGUGAGGCUGUCAGAUUUCCCGUGGAUUUGGGGAAUGGACCUAGGCAAGGGAUUUCCUUGUCGAGGGUAGCAAGUUUUGAGACCUGCAGGAGUGUAAGUGAGACCUGUGGGAGGCCGGUGUCACCUCAGAGCUUGAGCAGACUGUAACCGGAGCCCUGCCACAGCCUGGGUCCGCGGUGGCGGUGGGCAGGGUAGCUGGGCUCAUCCGAGUGACCCUCCCGAUUCCUCUUUGAACGGGGCUUUUCUGUGGCUCUGUCUGUGCUGAGAGGAGGCCUGAAGAUUUGGCUCGGGGCAGUAGGGCACUGUGGCUCUGGAUGCGGUGCCUGUGACUGCACGCUGUUUUUCUCUGCUCGUUGCCUCUCCAGGAAAGCACCAGAGACUUCCAGAGGGCCCCGGGUCCGGCACUGCACCGCGCGGGCCCUGGCGCGUUCCCUUCCGCUGGGUGACGUGCUCCUGGUGGGCCCCUGGCGUAGCCCGAGCCCCGUAACCGUAGGAGCUAGAGGCGGCUGGCGCUCGGCUGCUGUAGGAAACGUGCUGCGUGCCGCUAGGUGACAGCUUUGUCACGGGGGCUGGCGGCUAACCUUCCUGCGCGAGGGCGAGGUGCGGUGGCUCUCCAGGCUCCUCUGUGGCCCCGGCGGCUAGGAACCCCCUCACAACCGUCCCAUUGUGUGGCCGCCCCUGGAAGUGACCCACCGCGAGGGGCUUCCUCUGUUGCUGACAAACAUCCGGGCGGCCGUAGCGCGUGCCGCGUCCCUGCGCUGCGGGGCUGGCGGGAGCGGCUCCCCUGCUCAGUAAGUGCCUGAGUUGAGCCCCAGCCACCCUUCCUGAGCAUGGCUGGGCAGCGUGGCACCUCUCCACCCCACAUACCCGCCCCGCUUCCUGCCUAGCCCUUGAGAAACCCCCUUUCACGGGUGCAGGGUGCCCUGUCCCCUCGUCAGAGCCUCGGGGGAGAGACGGUCACAUCACCUGGGGCAGCAGAUUGCCGUAACACCCUGAACCACAACCACGGGGCUCCUCCAGGGACCGGCGGUUUCCAGGGCCGCUCCGCGCUGGCCAGGGGAGGCACGUGGCUGUGGGCACUGGCUUUCACGUGGCGCUGUAGGGAAGCAGGAAAGGAUUUCCUCCACACCAUCGACGCCACGAGGGUGUGCAGGUUAUCCAGGCUCUUUCUGAAUGGGGUGACCUCUCUGAGCCCUAACACCCCUCCUCUCCCAUGGGGUUCCCUCCUCCCUCAUCCCUCCUCCCAGACUUACCUCCUCUUUAGCAUAUAGCUGUGCUUUAGAGGGUCCUGUCUUGGUUUUCUGAGCCUGGAACAGGGGCUUUCCCUGCACGGGUCGAAUUUUUCUUUUGCUGCUGAAUUUGUCUUCAAUGAACUGAUGGAAGCAGCUGGCAGUUCAUGGCUGGGCUGCAGGUGACACUGAGGACAGCAGUGCAGGACUCUCUGCUGAGGUAUUUGGACACUAAGGAAGAUUUCUGAGCACAGCCCAGAGGCCGGAGCAGUCGCAUGCUCCCGAGGUGCAGCGAGCUGUCCCUUGAGUGAGCAUCCACCUCUGAGCUCUUCCCUUAGGCAGGAGCUUUCUGCUCCCCCUCCGGAUGCAGCAGGGACAGUCGGGCGAAGCUGCGCUCUGUACCACUGCAAGAUGCUACGGGGUGGGUGGGCAGUGACCCGGGACUGUGACGUGCCUGAGAAAAUGCCAGCCAUUCCCCAGGCUCAGUUGGGCUGUCAGCCAUCGCUCGUGAACCGGUGUGGUUCUCCAGGCAGCAGUCUCUUGGGCUCAGCGUGGCGGGCGUCUCAGGGAGACAGUAGUGUAGGGGCAGCGAAGCCUAGCCUGGCCCACACCCAGCGAGCGCUGGGGCAGGAUCUGCUGCGUGUUUGCUCCCAGGAGCACCUGGGAGAUUGAUGAGGGGGCUGCAGAUACUCGCAGAAAUACUUCCAGUAAGCGAAGGAUGGGACUUCCAUGGGUGCUUCACUAGAAAUUGCAUAUAUUUGACUUAAUGAUGUCAGCUAAUGACUAAAUGGAAGAAAAUUGCUGUUGGUUUAUGGAUGGCUUCCAGGCCAAAAGGGGCAAGUACAGCAAAUAUCUUCACAACUGCUGUUUCUCUCUACUCUAGGAUGAAGUUUGUUAAUCCAGUCUCAGAAGGGUGGGGGGGAGGGGGGCAGAGAUUCAAAGGGGAAUGUAGUCCAGCUAGAUUGCAUUGGGGAUGAGGGCUCCUUGCAAGCUGAACACAGCGCUCUGUGCAACGGGAGGACGCGGCGUGAGGGAGGGAGAGCAACCUCUGCCGCCUCCCAAACCACCACCACUACGCGCUGCCCGCGGUGGCACUGCUUUGUGGCUCCCACGUUGGUAGCACCCAGCUCGGAUCUGGAGUCUCUUUGGCAGAUCCACAUGUACAGGGGAGCCUGAAUGAAUCCACUGAUGAGUCUCAUUUUGGGUUUUGGGGGUUAUUUUUUUUUUCUUUUUUACUACCGCCUUAGUUUGUGGCCUGUCUUUUUGUGAUUGGAAAGAGGAGUAUCUCUAGCAGGGUGGGUUGGUCAGUUGGCCCCACGCAUGAUCAUGUGCUUCCCUCUUCUCUCUGUCAAGCGGGAUGUGCUCGCCUGAUCUCCCAGAACAGAGACUUUGAACAAUUUGUUGUUUAUAUGAUGUAUUUAUUUUUACUUGUGUUUCAUGUCAUUUUUUUAAAAAAUAAUAAAUUGUAAGUUGGUAUAA